CGCCGCCUCUCCCACCAUCAGCCAGGGACAAAGCCAGGACCUGGAAGCACAAAGCCACUGACUGACCAAGCUCCAUUGCUCCACCAUGGCCUCCUCCAUCUCCGUGCGCAGCUACUCGGUGCGUCAGCCGUCCCUCUCCAGCAUGUCGGUGAGGGACAGCGGCCGCAGCAUCCACUCCAAGUCCUCCAUCUCCCCGCUCUCCACCAUCGGCUCGCUGUCCCUGUCCCGCUCCGUCUCCGUGGGCAACGGCCUCAACAUGCUGGGCUCCAGCCUCUCCCUCAACGGCCUCGGCGCCAGCGAGAAGGAGACCAUGCAGGGCCUGAACGACAGGCUGGCCAACUACCUGGACAAGGUGCGCUCGCUGGAGAGGUCCAACGCGGAGCUGGAGGUGAAGAUCAAGCAGCUGAUGAUGGAGAAGGCCCCCAAAGGGCACGACAUCGAGGGGAUGAUGGCCCAGGCGCACGCCAUCGGGCAGGAGGUGAGGAGGAAGACGCUGGAGAACGCACGGAUCAUGCUGGAGAUUGAUAAUGCCAAGCUGGCAGCGGACGACUUCAGGGUGAAGUGGGAGGCGGAGGCCACCCUGUGCCAGUCGGUGGAGAGAGACUGUCAUGCUCUCAGGAGAGCAAAGUCAGACCACGAUCAGAUCAUCGCCACUCUGCGAGGCGACCUGGACAGCCUGAAGGAGGAACUGUACUUCCUCAAGAAGAAUCACGACGAGGAGAUGAGCUCCCUGAAGGCGCGUCUUGCCAAUGAGCAGGUGAAUGUGGAGGUCGAUGCCGCCCAGGGUCCCGAUCUGGGGGCCAUCAUGGCGGAGCUCAGGGUCCAGUAUGAGGGCAUCGCCCGUAAGAACAAAGAAGAGGCCGAGGCCUGGUACCUCAAGAAGCUGGAGGCAGUGCAGUCUGAGGUCAAGGAAAGCAACGAGGCCCUGCGAUGUGCUCAGAAUGAGCUCAGUGAGCGGCGCCGCUUCCUGCAGGCACUGGAGGUCGAGCUCGACAGUCUCCGCAAACAGGUCGCAGUGUUGGAGGGAAAUCUGAACGAGACGGGACAGAAGUACUCGGUGGAGAUGGACCGUCUUCAGGCCACGCUGACGCAGCUGGAGGACGAGCUGUCCCAGCUCCGCCUGGACAUGCAGCGCAACAAGACCGACUACGAGCAGCUGCUGCGCAUCAAGCAGAACCUGGAGAUGGAGAUCGCGACCUACAGGAGGCUGCUGGAGGGAGAGGAAAUGGUAAAGGAAACGCCUCCACCUCCUAAAAAAGACCCGGAUGUGAGGACCAGGAAGAUUGUGAAAGUGGUCACUCAGACCAUGAUCAACGGCAAGGUGGUGGAUGAGUCCAGCGAGGUGGAGCAGAUCGAGGAGCGCAAGAAAUGAGCCAGAGUGUUCCGAGCUGUCUCUGGAACCCAAAGUGCCUCUCACCGAGUAUCAAGUUGUCUUUUUCAGGCUUCAAGCUUUAUUGCCACAAGCCUGUCAGUUCGCCCUUCACAUCCAUUUUCCCUUAAUAUUGUUAGUUCUCUACACAUUUUGCACCACAGGGUUAAAAAAAAAAUGCUGCAGUGCGCGGUUCAGUGUUGUGCUUUUCAGUCAUUAACUGAGAUCCUAAACUUGUAUUUUCCUUUAUAAAUUCACUUAAAUCCACAAUUUCUCAGCUUUUCAAAAAAAAAAAAGAUCUUUUACAUUUCUGAAAAUACAUUUUUAAGAUUCAGUUUUUCUUCUUGAUGUUGCAACUAAAGCGCGUUUCAGCUGACAAGCACACUGCUUUAAGGUGCAGGUCACAGUUGGUGCAAUGCAAAUGGGGGACAGAAAACCAUUGAAAAGAUGGAUUUUUAAACAAUAUGGAAGAGUUUUCUGACUCAAUCCAAAGUACCAACUACAAAUAUUUGGAUGUUUUGCACUUUAUCCUCACUGUGUGUUCAUUUUUUUUUUUUUUUUUUUACAGGUAAAAACUUAUCCCACAAAUGACUUGCUAGGCUGUUUAAGAAUGACUGGAGUCCUCAUGAAAUAUCCUGUUGUCAUUUAGAUCGACGGGAAUGUUUCUGUUACUUUUACUCUUGUUUUCUGCCACACUGCCAGUCUUUUAUCUCACAGGUGCAAUAUUUUCAUCCAGGAACAGUCAACAUGUGCAGAAGGUUUUGGGGGCGAAAUUAUAGUUUUAAUGGUUAAAAAUGCUAAACAUUGAGCUUGAAACUGUUUAUCCUUUAAUAUUCUGUGUUAUUUCUACCUUCUUUAAUUCAUACUAACAUUGAAGUGGGGAAAUGUGCUUAUGCUGAGCGAACAAGCUGCUUUAGCUUCACCCCUCAUCUUAAUUUUGACAAUAUAACAAAACUAAAAUCUAACUUUUCUCUGUAUUGAGUUCUAAUUUUAAUUCCCUGGACUUGAUAAACUUUUUGUGUGUGUGUAAAAGUCUAAUGGGAGUAGUGCUAUGAUCAACCAAAGAGGCUGGAAAGUGUCAA